AUGAAGGCAGAACAAGAGCUAACACUUGAAUCUUUGAUGAGCCCGUUUCAUGGUUCUGCUUGUUUGCAAGCCACAAUUUUCUUGUGUGUGCUUGCAAUUCUUUCAUCAGAUGUUCAAGCUCGACAUGAUAUUACAGAUAGUGAUAGGUACACCUGCCGUCCUUUCUCGUGUGGCCAUCUCCAAGGCGUCCAAUACCCUUUCCGCCUGCGAGGCGAUCCAACUUGGUGUGGUUCUCCGUCGUACGAGCUGUCUUGCACUGAUAGCAAGGCUACAAUUCAGAUCAACACAGGGACAUACUUUGUUACCGAGAUCAACUACAAGUAUUCUUACUUCUGGGUCGUGGACGCGAACCUGGACAUGAGCAGCAGUUGCCCUCUUCCUCGCUUGGAUCAGCGUCCUUAUCUAUAUGGCCUCCAGAGAUCAGACGGCCUCAUCGAACUGAAGCCUCGACAUGAUAUUACUUGGGCUACCUUUGUGAAUUGUUCACGGGCGAUCACGAACAGUCGUGACUACACACUGGUUUCCUGCCUAAGCAUGAGGUCUUCUUUUGUCUAUGUGUUGAUGGACUCUUUUUCUGUUGGAAACCUUAAGCCUUCUUGUGGGUACUUGGCUAUGGCUGCUUUGGACGAUUGGAGCAUGCAAUACAAUACUGCAAGUCAUGGAAUUCUGGUAGAAUCCCUAAGGAGAGGAUUUCCCGUCAUGUUUCCUGUAGACUAUAAAAAGUGGUUGUGGAGCGUCAAAGGCUGCCUAAAGAGACAUAUUGUGUGUACUAUUCCUUUGGAUGGAUACCUCAGCACACUACGCUUUACAGCAGUAUUCUCCACGACAAUAUUGAAGUUGAUUGCUGUACUAUGCAGGAUCGUUGUUGCACCCCUCGUGGUAUUGUUCUUCCUUGCCCACAAGUACUGGAAAACAAGGAUCAUAAUUGAUGCAGUCGAGAAGUUUCUCCUGAUGCAGCAAAUGAUCGGCCCGAGAAGGUAUGCCUACACAGAUAUCGUUGCGGUCACAAGAAAUUUCAGAGAUAAGCUGGGUCAGGGUGGCUACGGGUCUGUUUUCAAGGGUUUUCUCCCAGGCGAUGUCUAUGUGGCCGUCAAGAUGCUAGACGGUAAAUCGAGCUGCGAUGGAGAAGAUUUCAUCAGUGAAGUCUCCACCAUUGGCAGGAUCCACCAUGUCAAUGUGGUUCGUUUGGUCGGGUUUUGCUCGGAGGAAAUGAGGAGGGCGCUUGUCUAUGAGUACAUGCCCCAUGGUUCUCUUGACAAGUACAUAUUCUCGUCCGAGAAGAGUUUCUCCUGGGACAAGCUCAAUGAGAUUGCCUUGGGCAUUGCUAGGGGAAUCAACUACCUGCACCAAGGUUGUGACAUGCAGAUUCUGCACUUUGACAUUAAGCCGCACAACAUCCUUCUUGACAGCAAUUUUGUCCCAAAAGUUGCUGAUUUUGGCCUCGCUAAGCUAUACCCAAGGGACAACAGUUUUGUGCCAUUGAGUGCCCUAAGGGGAACCAUCGGGUACAUAGCUCCUGAGAUGGUAUCCCGGAGCUUUGGUGUCAUAUCCUGCAAGUCUGAUGUUUACAGCUUCGGCAUGCUGCUGCUGGAAAUGGCCGGAGGACGUAGGAAUGCCGACCCGGAUGCAACGAACUCAAGUCAGGCAUUUUACCCAUCGUGGGUGUAUGACCGGCUGACUAAACAGGAGAUGGGUGAGAUAUCUGCUGAGAUGCAUGAGCUGGAGAGGAAGCUGUGCCUUGUUGGACUAUGCUGCAUCCAGAUGAAGUCUCAUGAUCGCCCGGCGAUGAGCGAGGUGGUAGAGAUGCUCGAAGGCGGCACUGAUGGCCUGCAGGUGCCUUCCAGGCCAUUCUUCUGUGACGAUGGGCAGACCCCUGUAGUGGAGUCUUACCAUUUCUGCUCUGAGCUGACAGCCAUUUCAGAGGAGGACGAGUGA